AUGUCAACAACGACGCCAGAACGGCGGUCCCCGGCGCGAUCGAUGGAGGCUGGUUCGGCGCGGGCGAUCGCGCGAGGGUGCCGCGGGCGCACGACCGCGCCGCGUCCGCGGAGGAACCCGGCGCCGACCCGCGCGGCGCGAGGCCCGCCGCGCGCGGCUGCGGGCCGCUGCCGGGGCGCCGGAUCGACCGCGACGUUUACCGCGCGGGGAUCCCGGACGCGAACGCGCGCGAGUUCGCCGUCGACCCGAUGCCGCGCGAUGCCGCCCCGCGUUGAGGACAGCGACCUCCUCGCCGGCGACGUCGCCGUCGUCUGGCUCUUCGCGCUGACGCAGAAGACCGCCUCCGUCGCGCUGUCGCCGUCGUUUCCCGGCUGGCUCGCGCCCGUCGCCGUCGAUCCGGAAUCGCUCGCGGGGUUCCUCGGCGAGAGCACCUGGCUCGCGACGACGUGGAUCGUCGUCAGCGCGGCGAUCGGCGGGUACGAGCUCGACGACGGAGUGCUCGGAAGGGAGGAGGGCGAGAUGCGGGAGGCGGUCAAGGGCGCGGCGCUCGCGUGGAUCGCGUGGGCGCCCGUCGCGCUUCUCGGUCUGCGAUGGUUCGAGCGCGCCACCGGUCUCCGCUCGUCGUUUCCCGCGGGCGUGACGCUCGGCACCGUCCUCGGGGUGAUGAUCGCGUGGCGCGCGUUCGCGAAGGUGGUGGGGCUGAUGGGGUGGUGGCGUCCCGGGCGCGUCAAGGGUGAACGGGAGGAUGACGACUGGGCGUUUCUGUUUGCGUCGCUCGGCGGCGCGGCGGCGGUGGCGACGGGUGGGGCGGUGGCGGACUUCGCAACGAGGUGGUUGGUCGAGGCGGACCUGGGGUGACGACGCGCCGCGAAGUACUGCAGGGCGCCGGACGCGCGGUGAACGCGUGCGGAGGAGGACGGGGGCGAUGAUCCGUAUGCGCUCGAUCAGCGGCGUUGUUAGAUUUUAGCGAAGACAUUUGCGAAGACAUUUACCGUUCAUAUUA